AUGGGUUCUAUCGAAAUAAAUUGGAACGCCUUGGACGUGGCAGUUAUUGGCGGUGGUAUUGGUUGGUUUUGUUCCGGACCCAUUAAAAACUAAACCACUGACUCCCCCGACUUCACAGGCGGUCUUUCAGUCGCAACCUCUCUUCGAAAGUCUGGGCACAAAGUGACAAUCUACGAACGCGCUGAUUUUGCCGGAGAAGUUGGUGCCUCUAUUAGCUGUGCAGCCAAUGGGACAAGAUGGCUUCACGAGUGGGGAGUAAAUGUUCCUAUGGGUAGACCGGUCAUUUUGAAGAAGUUGAUCUCACAUGACUGGGAAACUGGUGUGGUCUCAAAUGUCUAUGAUCUUGCCGAUUAUGAGCAGAGGUGGGGACAUGUAAGUUUUCAAAAAUGCUUGUUGCCGGACGUUUGAGCUGACAUAUCCACAGGUUUAUAACAUGUUCCACAGAGUUGACAUGCAUGCCAUGCUUAUGGAUUCGGCUAUGGGUCCUUCACAUCCAGGUACUCCAGCAACCUUAAAAGUCGACCAUAAAUGUUCAGCCAUCGACCACAAAGCUGGACUUGUUACAUUUGAGAAUGGCUUCCAAGCAAAGCACGACUUGAUCAUUGGAGCUGAUGGAAUUGGUUCCACGGUACGAACUACAUUGGGUGUUAUCCCAGACAGAAAGCAAUCCACAUCCCACUGCCUUCAUUGUAUCAUUACCACCGAAGAUGUUCACCGACUGGGAUUAAACAACUUUGCUGCCAACGAGGCUAUUGAGUACUGGGGAGGUCAAGGAAUCGAAAAGAUUGUCUUUUCACCUUGUAGGGAGGGAGAGCUUCAUUCAUACUACUGCUUCUUCCCAACCGAGAAAAGCAGGAGUGCUGGUGAGGGAUGGGGGCACACAAACACCGUCGAGGAGUUAUUGGAGCCUUUCGGAACCUUGGACCCAGAUCUAUUAGCCAUCUUCAAGAACUCAACCGACAUCAAGCCAUGGCGAUUGUUCGUCCACCAACCUUAUCCCCACUGGCAAAAGGAUCUGACCUGUAUCAUGGGAGACGCCGCCCACCCCAUGAUGCCCGACCAAAGUCAGGGUGCUUGCACAGCCAUUGAAGACGCCGCUGCCCUUGGCAUCAUCUUCAGCCCCAAAUACAAAUUCACCAACUCUCCAGAGGAUAUCAGCAGAGGACUCCAACUUUACGAGGCAGUGCGAAAACCUCGUGCUUCCCGCGUGCAAGCUGCAUCUGCCAGAGCUCGCGAGAACAUCACGGAGCGAAUUGGGUUUUCUAGUAAUACUACUAACCCCAACUACAAGGUUUCGGAUGAGAAGAAUAAGUUGACUAUUGAGGAGAUGAAUGAGUAUGAUAUGCAUGCGGCGAUCGCUGCCAAGGUUGCUGAGGCUUAAAUUGUUUUGUAAGAUGUAGAUGUAAAAGUUUGAUGAUGGGAUGGUGUUGAGGACAUCAGGAGGCGUUUGUAUGUACCUUGGGCGGGAUAUCCGAGUUUUUCUAUCUAAAAUACCAUGCUUUUCUGAG